AUGGUUCAUCAUGGGAUCAUCCACUCGCUGAUCUGGUGGUUGCUGCCGUUUCUGGCGUGCUGCCUGGCUGAAAAAUUGUCGUCCAAUCAGCAGGCACCGUUGUUUGCCCGCGGUUCCGGAGGUCUGAUCCUGAAUCCGCCGUUCGAGGGUAGUCCAAGAACGAUCGCAAGUCCGGCGAUCCCCGCAAACGUGGACGACGUCGAGAUGGAGGAGAUUGCCACCUUCAAGAUCGUAGAUGGCGAAGUAGUUCGAGUGGUGGAAGGACAUUACUCAUAUAAGAGUCCCGAAGGGAUCCCCGUCUCCGUUAAGUAA